UCUCUCUCUCUCUCUCUCUCUCUCUCUCUCUCUUUCCCUCCUCCCUCUCUCUCCACUGCUUGUCUUGCCCCAGUCUCAUCCUCCUUUCCUCUUUGCGCGCGAGCUCUCCUUCACCUUGGAUCGACGUCAGUGGCGGUGCAGCAGUGCAGCAUUAACGGGCUCCGCGUUCACGGCGUUUACACCGCUGACCGUUCUCCCUCUUGAGCUUCCUCCUCCUCUCCUCCUCCUCCUCCUCUUCUCCUGCUGCUGCUGCUCCGCGGUGAUGGCUGGGUGUCGGUGGUUCUAAGCGAGCUCCUUGGCGCAGUAGAAGCGCUGGAGACACGAACAGCGGGGCGGGGAGGGGGGUCGCGCGCUGAUGUUCCUGGUGUGGAGAACGAGCUGACCAUGCCGUGAUGCUUCCUCUUCGACCCUGACGAAGCGCCCCUGGACGACUGGCCGUCACGCACACGCGCGGCUCCCCUCGGGCAGGAGAGCAUGAUGAGUGGAAGUGCUGCCCGGUUAGCAGCACCGAUGCCGGGCUCCUCGCCGUGUCUGCUGCUGCCUCUGAUGCUGCUGCUGGGCUGGUCUCUCGGGAUGCCUCACGUCUUAAGAUUCGGAGGGAUAUUUGAGUCCAUUGAGAGUGGCCCAUCCGGAGCAGAGGAGCUAGCCUUCAAAUUUGCACUAAACACCAUCAACAGAAACAGAACAUUGUUGCCCAACACCACGCUCACCUACGACAUCCAGAGGAUCAACGUCUUUGACAGCUUCGAGGCCUCGAGGAAAGCUUGUGAGCAGCUCUCUUUAGGUGUAGCAGCCAUAUUUGGUCCCUCCCACAGCUCCUCAGCCAAUGCGGUCCAGUCCAUCUCCAAUGCCUUGGGUGUGCCACACAUCCAGACCAGGUGGAAGCACCAGGUCUCAGAUAACCGAGACUCAUAUUAUGUCAGCCUAUACCCUGACUUCUCCUCUCUCAGCCGAGCAAUCCUGGACCUCGUUCACUUCUUCAGGUGGGACUCCGUCACUGUGGUGUAUGAUGACAGCACAGGGCUGAUUCGUCUACAGGAGCUGAUCAAGGCUCCUUCCAGAUACAAUAUCCGUCUGAAGAUACGCCAGUUGCCUGCAGAAACUAAGGAUGCCAAACCACUGCUUAAAGAUAUGAAAAAAUCGAAAGAGUUCCACGUCAUUUUCGAUUGCAGUCAUGAAAUGGCUGCCUGGAUACUUAAGCAGGCACUCUCUAUGGGCAUGAUGACAGAGUAUUAUCACUACAUCUUCACAACGCUGGACCUGUUUGCAUUGGACAUGGAGCCGUAUCGCUACAGCGGAGUGAACAUGACCGGCUUUCGGAUUCUGAACACAGAGAGUCCUCAAGUGUCCUCUAUCGUUGAGAAGUGGUCCAUGGAGAGACUGCAGGCCCCUCCCAAGCCAGACUCAGGACUUUUGGACGGAUUUAUGACGACAGAUGCAGCACUGAUGUUCGAUGCAGUGCACGUUGUAGCAGUGGCAGUGCAGCAGUCCCAGCAGAUCACUGUUAGCUCUCUGCAGUGUAACCGACAUAAACCCUGGCGCUUCGGAGGGAGGUUCAUGAGCCUUAUCAAAGAGGCUUCCUGGGAUGGGCUGACUGGACGAGUUCUCUUCAACAAAACAAAUGGCUUAAGAACAGAGUUUGAUCUAGACGUAAUAAGUCUGAAGGAAGAUGGACUAGAAAAGAUCGGCACAUGGGAACCUGUGAAUGGCCUAAAUAUGACAGAGCAUCACAAGAGUAAAAUGACCAAUGUUACAAACUCCUUGUCCAACAAAUCACUAAGGGUUGCCACUAUUCUGGAGGAACCCUAUGUGAUGUUUAAGAAGUCUGAUAAGCCUCUGUGUGGAAAUGACCGUUUUGAGGGCUACUGUGUGGAUUUGCUGCGAGAGCUGGCUUCCAUCCUGGGAUUCCGCUACGAGAUCCAGCUGGUGGAGGAUGGAAAGUAUGGGGCGCUGGAGGAAAGCACAGGCCAGUGGAACGGAAUGGUCCGAGAACUUAUGGACCACAAAGCAGACCUGGCAGUUGCUCCUCUGGCCAUAACGUAUGUGAGGGAGAAGGUGAUUGAUUUCUCAAAGCCAUUCAUGACACUGGGCAUCAGCAUCCUGUACCGCAAGCCCAAUGGCACCAACCCUGGCGUCUUCUCUUUCCUCAACCCUCUGUCUCCCGAUAUCUGGAUGUAUAUUCUGCUGGCUUACUUGGGUGUCAGUUGUGUGCUGUUUGUCAUAGCCAGGUUCAGCCCGUACGAGUGGUAUAACCCUCACCCCUGUAACCCAGACUCUGACAUGGUGGAGAAUAAUUUUACUCUGCUAAAUAGUUUCUGGUUUGGAGUUGGAGCUCUCAUGCAACAAGGGUCUGAGCUGAUGCCCAAGGCUUUGUCCACCAGAAUAGUUGGAGGUAUUUGGUGGUUUUUCACACUGAUUAUCAUCUCCUCUUACACGGCCAAUCUGGCUGCUUUUCUUACUGUGGAAAGGAUGGAGUCUCCCAUUGACUCGGCCGAUGACCUGGCCAAGCAGACCAAGAUUCCUUAUGGUGUGGUGGAGGACGGAUCUACCAUGGCAUUCUUCAAGAAAACAAAAAUCUCCACUUAUGAUAAAAUGUGGGAGUUCAUGAACAGCAGGCGUCAGUCUGUGAUGGUGAAGAGUGUGGAGGAAGGCAUUCAGCGCGUUCUCACAUCUGACUAUGCGUUCCUCAUGGAGUCCACCACCAUCGAGUUUGUCACCCAGCGAAACUGUAACCUCACUCAAAUCGGAGGACUCAUCGACUCCAAGGCUUAUGGAGUGGGAACACCCAUGGGUUCUCCAUACAGAGACAAGAUCACCAUAGCAAUUCUGCAAUUGCAGGAAGAAGGGAAGCUGCACAUGAUGAAGGAGAAGUGGUGGAGAGGAAACGGCUGUCCGGAGGAGGAGAGUAAGGAGGCCAGUGCGCUGGGGGUGCAGAACAUUGGGGGCAUCUUUAUCGUGCUGGCAGCAGGACUGGUCCUCUCAGUGUUUGUGGCUGUAGGGGAAGUGCUGUACAAAUCCAAGAAGAACGCACAGAUGGAGAAGCGCUCGUUUUGUAGUGCCAUGGUGGAUGAGCUCACUGUGUCUCUAAAGUGUCAGCGGCGCCUCAAACAAAAACCACAGCCUCCUGCCAUCGUCAAAACAGAGGAGGUGAUUAACAUGCACACCUUCAAUGACAGGAGACUGCCGGGAAAAGAGACCAUGGCCUGAAUGUCGUCACCUCCCCUCCUUUCUCCCACUCAGGGGGUGAAUCAAUUUGGGGCGCAAGAGAGCCUGAACCAGAAGCUCUUGUCCCGAAACACUGUUUCCUGUGGAAAUACAGAAAACUGGGCAUAACAGAUCUGCAAAACCUUACUGAACUGCAUAGGCCUUUCUGGCCAUUCUCUUGGUUUUGAGUCUCGAGCUUAUUCAGCAAUGUAUGCAGUUUUUUUCACACUGUUAGCAACAGAAUGAGAUACUACAACACUUUCUUAUGAUUCAUUUUUCAGUGCCAGCGGGUGGUCAGCAUAUCGCUGAACAGCAAGCUUCACAGGGUGCCAUUUCAAUCCCGUUUUUCAUACACUUUUCUAGUGUAGCAGAAUUAUUUAUAAAUCAGGCUGUAACUAUGAAAAUGAUUUAGUCUUUCUUUUCUGUUUUUAACUUCUGCCACAUUUAUCGUGAGACAAAAACUUGUGGUCUGCAGCAAAGUGAAACAAACCUGGCUAAACUUAACCUAGCGGCAGGUUCAACCCCAGAACUGUGCAACAUUCAAUCUAAAGGUGGCGGUCCUAAUAUAUAUAUUAUGACUCAAAGCAGGUAUUGUAUGCUAGUUGACUGAACUGAUUAUAGCAAAUCUUUGAACAUUUUUCAUAUGACUACUUUGUUUGGGGAAGUUAUGAGAGGAUAUGUGUAGAUGUGAAGAGACCCAUAAAAACAUGUAUCGUUUAAACUGCACCUCAGACAAAACGUAUGAACAGAUUAAAAGUACCAUCACUA